GCCAGCAUAUAUUAACUCCGACACCAUGCACACUUUUCCGCUGCAAACCUGCCUAUUUUGCAUCCUCAUACAAUUUCCUCCUAGUAUUCUCUAAGCCUUGCAUUCAUCGAUACCAUGGCCUUCGCAUAUGUCCUCCCUCUUCGCGUCGUCCAAGGUGUCUUGACGAUCAUCGUGCUCGGUCUGACUGCAUAUGUCGUCGAUGCGUGGAACGGCCCCUAUAACUGGAACUGGUCUCCAUCGAGCGUUAACUUUCUUCUCUUCACAUCCGUGUGGACUCUCUUGGCCGUCGCAUACCUCGUGAUCACCCCCACGCGCUUCCCCGCACUGGCCCACAAGUGGGUUAUCUGCGGGGUUGAGGCUGUGACCAUGAUCUUCUGGUUUGCGGGUUGGGUUGCUGUUGCCGCCCUUUGGGGCGAUAUUGGAUGUGGUUCGCGAUCGGGCGUAUGUGGUGCUGGCACUGCUGCUAUUGUGUUCGGGGCGAUUGAAUGGCUCACGUUCGUGGCUACUACUGUUAUGGCGGCCCUUCAUAUCCGCGAAACACCUCGAAGUGAUACCAAGCAUGACCCGAGGAUGGAGAUGCAGGGUGUUUAAGGCCCCGAUUUGCGCGCAGGGGUAGCAUCAAUGUCAAGGAUAUUACUGACCGACGUGGCCAACCCGACUUCCUCUAUUUCACUGUACUCCUUAUAACCCUACAUUAUAUUUCGUUUUGGUGUUAAAUUGGUCCACCAGCGGCUGGCAUUUUUGGAUUCUGCGGGAAUACCCUAUCUAAGUAUGGAAUAUUAUCACUUUUUCCGAAUACAGGCAACCUCUUCGCCAGUAUUGUUUCUCUCAUUUUCGUCUUGUUCAAUGACCCGCGAUGCCGCGAAAUCGCUCAUAAUAGUCACUUCCUUUAUUAGGUACUGAUU